AUGAUGUCGGUAUGUGCGACUAUUGACACAAAGGCGGCCGUGAAAUGCGUUGCCCAGGGUAAGAGCUCUAAACAAGAAGUGGUACUUUUGUUUGUGGUCUUGAAAAGGCUUUUCCCUUUACUUAUCUUCAGAUAUACGAGCAAGUUAACCGUAGCGUACGUCUACUUAGUCUUAGCGUCAUGGCCACUUCAUCCCUUUUUUUUCUUGCAGGCCGUCGAACUAGACAAGGCCCUUUCUAUCUAUUUCGGCGCCGCAAAUGAUGAUUCGCAUUUUUACGCUGCCGUCCCUUUUCAAGACUGUUCAAAUAACUUUUCUACUGGCUCUCAAGAAAAGUUGGCGAAAGAAGUAACCUCUGGCACAUAUUUUGCCAACCAUUUAAAAGCAGACUUGAGAGGUUCCAACGAGACGCCCGCCCCUCAAAAGACCAUUUACCAAACUCCCGCUGCCUUUUCACUUCAAACGAUUAGUCCGGCCACACCGUCCCCCUCCUCGGGCGUGCCAUUAUGUGAUUGCCAGCUCCCAGCAUUUAAGCGCACAACCCAGAAGGAUGGGCCUAACCAAGGGCGCACGUUUUAUGCCUGUUCCAAGAGGGCCGGCGACAGCACCCGCUGCAACUUUUUUUCAUGGACUGACAUUGACACGACUGUGGCUCAAAGCAGCUUCCAGGAGCAGCAUUGUCAGUGCAACCCCCAGCAGAAGGCCAUUUUGAGGACCGUAGCGAAAACUGGCCCCAAUAAGGGCCGCAGUUUUUACACGUGCGGUAAAUCAGGGAGGCUCAGCUGCCGCUACUUUGCCUGGCAGGAUGAGAUUGAAGAAGUAAAAACCGCCGGUGCACUUGAUGGUUCUCGCCACGAAGGCGCGCUCCAGAAUGGGCAGAAGAUCUGUUACUCCUGCCAACAACCUGGGCACUAUGCGACCACGUGCCCUUCCAGAGCUAGCAAGCCGAGUCAAAGGUACUUGGGAAAGGGACGCCGCCAGAAAUCGUCGCGGCAGUGUUCUCUAUGCCAUCAGAGCGGGCACACAAGGAACAGUUGCUUUCUUUCCAAGAAGAGUUAUCAUGGCUCCCCCAAAGAAUCUACGCGUAAUUAG